UCAAACUGCAACUUCUUUCCCAAGCAAGAAGACUUCCAAAAUCGCCAUAAAUUGACCUGAGGCUACCACUAGAACUUGCACCUUAAACUCUUGAUCUCAUAACAACAAUCAAUGGCAGAAGUAAAGCUACAUGGAUUCUGGUCUAGUCCAUUCAGUUGCAGGACAAUAUGGGCUCUGAAAUUAAAAGGGGUGGAGUAUGAAUAUGUUGAAGAAGACCUUCAAAAUAAGAGUGAAGAGCUGCUGAAAUAUAACCCAGUCUACAAGAAGAUCCCUGUACUUGUUCACGGCGGCAAGCCGGUUGCUGAGUCCCUUGUUAUCUUUGAAUACAUUGAAGAGACAUGGCCGAAGAACCCGUUGCUGCCAAAAGAUGCAUAUGAGAGAGCUAUGGCUCGGUUCUGGAUGCAGUAUAGUGUUGAUAAGAGUCCAACAUUUCAUGCAUUCUUUCUAGCUACUACCAAAGAAGAGCAAGAACAGGCAGCAAAAGAAGUAUUUGAGGUGCUGAAAGUCUUGGAAGAGAAAGCCCUUGGGGAUAAGAAGUUUUUUGGUGGUGAUACAGUAAGUCUUGUAGACCUUACCUACGGAUUCUUCAGUCACUGGUUUCAGGCAAUGGAAGAAUUAGUAGGUCUGAAAGUGCUGGAACAGAGCAAGUUGCCAAAAUUAUAUGCCUGGGCUAAGAAUUUCAAGGAAGUUCCUGAGGUCAAAGACAAUCUACCAGAUUAUGACAAGAUGUUGGCCUACAUGACCAAUAUGAAGAAGAAAUUUGCCAAAAAUUGACUUUCACAAUUACUAGCAGUACUGCUCUCAAUAUAUGUUUAUCCAUGUCUGCUAUAGGGUAAAGGGCUUGAUCUUUUUUUUUUUUUUUCUUUCUCUUUUCUUUUUCCUUGUCAUGGAUGUAAUAAUGAUGAUUGAAAUCAAAUAACGGAUAUGGGUUUGCUGUCUUA